AUGGCUGCUGAAGACGUAUUGGCAGAGAAUCGCUAUCAUAUCCUUUCUGAGUACAUGUCCAUCCUGCGUGAACAGUACUUUGAAGCAUCACGUGGCGAUAGAAAAGCAUUGAGGAGACUGGCAGAGUCGGAGAACGAGCCCCACGUGUAUCGAGUUGAAGCCUUAUGGACGCUCGGAUUGCUGCAGUGGCGACGAGGUGACCGGCAUGUUGCCGCUGAAAACUAUCAAGAAGCCCUCCACCUCAUUGAUACAGCGACCAAUCAUGAAAAGAAGCGUUCUAGGGCUGAAGAGACGCAGGCUCGGCUGCGUGCAGAUGGCUCUCUAAUGCCACCACAACAGCGAUUCUUCAGUUCCACUCCCGUGAAUCGGCCUGAGCUGAUGGCUCGAGUGGCAGUUGGUGGACAAAAAGGUGACUGUUGUAAAGCAUCCUUGGAGGAGCUUGGCGAAUUCAGGUUGAGGUGCUGUGAACGUUGCAAGCUAACGUUUUACUGCUCUCGCAAGUGCCAACGAAAAGCGUGGCAGAGUGGUCACAAUAAAGCCUGCCGAGAGAAGAUGCAAAUUGAAGUUGGAGACAUUAUGCAGUUGGUGGGGAUCGACUCCAAACCAGAAUGGAACGGCAAACUCGUGGAGAUUGUCGGGCCGGAUCCCAAUGCCGAAGGUCGUUGGUCGAGCAAACUACUAGACCGCAUCAGUACCACCAACAAGAGCAUCGCAACGGCAAAACUGAGGCAUAUUCGUCCCGAAAAGUAA